GUGUGUAUGGGGGGGUGGGGGAGGCGCCGGCAUGGCCUCGGGCUGGCGUUGGACAAGCGCUUGGCUGCUCUUGCUGCUCGCUCUUAGCCGAGAAUUGCUCGCAGCCUCAUUUUAUGGAGACAGCUACGUGCAGUUAAACAUUGCUGAAUCAUCUUCUACAAUAUCACUGAAAUUACAUUUUCAAACAAGUAAACCAGAUGGAUUGCUUUUUCUUGCUGCGGGAAAAGAAGCUUACUUUUUGGUGGAAUUACAUUCUGGAAAUAUAAACGUGAGACUCAACUUUGGAGGAGGUGAACAAGUUCUCUCUUCCCACUUGAGUUCCCAGCUAAAUGAUUUAGUGUGGCACCUUCUGGAAGUCCAUCAUGAAAGAGAUAAUAUUGCCUUAGUAAUAGACAAUAACUAUCAAACUAGUACAAAACUGUUAGGUACUCUCUUUGAAUUAAAGAUUGAACAUGGCAUCUUCGUUGGUGGGAGUGGCGAGCUUCGUUUUCCCUAUUUUGAUGGCUGCACCAGGAUGCAAAUUGUGUACAUGCACAGUUUAGCAACAGCAGUUGUCAAACAGAUGGCACCUGUAUCUCUACAGUGGCAGAGAUGUCUAUCCUGGUCACUGCACCAGCCAGUCACUUUGACUAGGAACUUUGGGUAAGUUCAGGGAAUUAUGCCAAGAUAGCUGAAUGUUUUGUGCUGUAUGUACUAAGGAUUCCACAUCAAAAGCUAUAAAUGGAAGAAAAGUUUUUAAUUGUGUGUUUUUGAUUAAUUCUGCAUAUACUUUUUAAGGUUGUGCAUGAAAACAGUUUGCCAUCAGAAAUAGAGUUCAAAGUACAAUCACCUCCAGCCUACGGAUACCUUCGGAAGUUUACUUCAGAAGAAGGCUACCUUGGAGCAGAAGAAAAUCCAGUUUUGUGUUUUACCCAGCAAGAUAUCAAUGAUGGCAAUAUCCAGUAUGUGCAGACUGUUUCCAACCAGCUCCAAGACCAGUUUUCAUUGGAUGUGACCAAUGGCAUCCGGGGAGUCAGUGGGAUAGAA